AGACAAGAGGAGGAAUGAGUGGAGGACGAAAUUGGAAUUUAAAGAAAUUGGAAAAAUACUAUUUCAUGUAUUUUGUGUUCAUGACUUCAUUCAUUGUCUUUUACCUACUUGGAAAGUGACGAGGAAAAAUUGAGAAAGAGAGAUUAUAUUAUUUGCCAAAUAAACAACACACACACACUCACUUUCAGUCACAAGAAAGUGAAUAGAAAAAACAAACAAACUCAGAGAGAAAUGGAAGAAGAAGGAAUAGGGUUAGUGUUAGCUAGAGCCACAGAACUUAGAUUCAAGAUCAACAAUUCCAUCCACAAACCAACUUCUCCAAAUGGCCUUGAAGAUGAUGAAGAUGAUGAUUCUACUGAUAGGCUUCUCAACAUUUGCGAUGCACUUGAAGCUUUGGAGACUCAACUUUCUUCUUUGCAGGUGCUGCAACAACAACAACGGUACGAAAGAGAGAUUGCCUUGGCUGAGAUUGAAAACAGUCGCAAAGUGUUAAUUAAUAAGCUAAAGGAAUAUAAAGGCAAAGAUUUGGAAGUGAUACAUGAAGCUUCCACUUUUGCGAGUGAAACAGUGGAGCCAAACAAUGAUCUACUACUUCCUCCUUAUCCAAACCGCCCUCCAUAUUCCAUGUCUCUUGACAAGGAAUAUCUGUCACAGAUCCCUUCUGUCAAUAAGUCUGGUCGCAAUGGAUUAAUCACACUUGAUAACAUGAUCGAGGCUAAAAAGACUCAAACUGAAAAAGAGCAAAAUCAUGUUGAAGAUGGGGCUAAAAGUUCAAGAAAAGGGUUACGAUUUUUUAUAACUUCUGCUGCAAAAGCAAUGCUCACAGUUGUCGGUGUGGUAUCAAUAUUGACUUUGUCUGGAUUUGGUCCUAAUAUGGGGAAGAUAGGUACUCGUUUCAGUGUACAUCGCAGACUAGAAAAUGACAACGAGAGAUCUACCACUAAUAAUAAGGGUGAGAGACGGUGUCCACCUGGGAGGGUCCUGGUGCUGGAAAAUGGAGAGGCUCGAUGUCUUGUGAAAGAGAGAGUUGAAAUCCCAUUUUCGGCUGUUGCUGCAACACCUGAUAUAAACUAUGGAUGUGGUUAAGAAUAGCAUUUGCUCUCCACAUUGUAUAUCACUUCACUCCUUCCCCUCUAUUUUAUGUUUUAAAUUUUGUUGAUAUGUUAUUCAAAAAACUACAUUGGUGGUUGAUUUUACUGUCUUUUUGUAUUAGCUGAGUGAUUGUCAUGAUUAACGGUUGAUAUUUAGGUAAGUGAUGCAGUUGAUCUUUAGUUUUUAAAAAAUGGGAGAAAAUUUCACCUGAAAGAUCACUAGAGCAAUGUUGACAAAAUCAAAUGUAUACUCAUAUGAACAACCCUAUGAUAUUUAACAACAUACGCGCGAUGGAUUGCGUUUGUGUGGGAUUAUCACUUA